AUGGUGGGUGUGCUCGCUAUGGAAAGGGAUCGAGUUGCUGGAUCUUGCAACUCCCCUCCCUAUUUUGACGGCAAUAACUAUGCUGCAUGGAGAGAAAAAUUUGAGAUAUUCCUUGAUGCUCUUGAUGAGUAUGCAAGUGGGUAUCUCACAAAAGAGUGGGUUGCUCCGGUCAAGACUGUUGAGGGUGAGGUUGUGCCCAAGCCUAGGUCAGAAUGGACUGAAGCGGAGGUGUUUGCCGCAUAUUCGAACAAGAAGGCCAGAAAUGCCUUAGUUACAGCUUUGUCUAGCACACAAUUUGCACAUAUACAACACAUUCCUAAUGCUAAACAAGCUUGGGAUAAACUAAGGGUCGUUUGUAACACCCCGACCCCAAAUUAUCCCAUGUUUUAA